UGUGCGAUCACGAGCGUGUCCAUGUCACCGUGUCCUGCCAUUAUUUAGUCACGGCUACCCAAAGCGAGCACGCACCGUUGGGCUGCGCUGCGAAGCAGACGCGCCCUCAGUCCACUGCUUGCCGCCUUCAAAGCCUCCCCGCUCGCUCUCCCCACCUAUGAGACCAAGCUGCUCCCGCCGCCGCCCGCGUUGUGCUCUGGCUGCGUUUACAUUGUGACCUAGGAAGGCGUUUCUCGGCAGGCCAGGCGGGCGAUCCCGCUGUGCAGCUUUACGCUGCUCGGGCGGCGGGUGAUGGUGCAGCAAGGGGAGGGGGAGGCGAGGGGGCGCCAGAGCCUGCGCUGGGCGAGCAUCGGCGGACGGGCGGGCGCCGCCGCAGUUUAGGAACAAGUUUGCAGAAGGGGCGGCCGCGCGGCUCUGCUCCCACCAUGGGCGUGACCGUGGAGGCGCACAAGGUGUACCGAUACCCCUUCGAGCAGGUGGUGGCCAGCUAUCUCCGCAAGUAUCCGUGUGCCUUGGAGAAAAAUGUUCUAGCUGUAAAAACAGUAGAAGAGAAAACAGAUUUGUCCACAGGAGUCAUAUACCGGAGAAGGAUUGCAACAUGCCAGAAUGUAAUUCCACAGAUUUUAAGGCAGAUCAGUGUCCUAAAAGUAUCUGAAGUCUACUUAGAAGAGGAAUCUUGGCUUAAUACGCAGGAAAGAAUUAUGUCAAUGAAGACUCGGUGUCUCACAUGGACAGAGUAUGCCACUCUUAAAGAAGAAUCAGUCUUCAGAGAAAGCUUGGAGAAUCCAAACUGGACAGAAUUCAUUCAGAAAGGGAGAGUGUCAAUAAAGGGGACAGGAUUGCUGAAUUGCUUCCUGGAAGUUUUUGCACAAACCUUUUUAAACCAAGGAGUCAAAAAGAGUAUUUCAAUAAUGGAGAAACUUCUACAAGAACAGUUUGGUAGCCCAUUUCUGUAAUUGAGGAAAAGAGGAGAAAUCUCACUGUGUUGCACCAGAGCAGUAUGUCCUUAUUACCAACCCUGCUUCUUGGUGAAGUUAACUUCCAGGUUAUUUUAAUGAAGAAGGAAAGAUUGGACAGAAUAAGACAAUGAUGUGCAAGCUCCUUUAAGUAACAUAAACGAGAUGACUACCUCUAGAAGGGUACACUCUGGUGACAUCAAGAAGGGUGUUUUGACAAAUGCACCUGAGUGCACAUGUGCUGCGAUAUCCGAAAACUUACAUGACAAUAGACAAUAAUCAAAAUGAAAAAUAAGCCCCAGAGUCUUUGAUUUGGUGGAGAAACUAUCACACAAGAGGAACAGAGUUUUCCUCUGUUUUAAUGCAUGGCCAUGAACAGAGAGCAUCUGUUCCAUUGCACUGCAGCUGAUACAUUUCAUUAGCAGGUACUGUGAAUUUAUAUGAUUAUAUGAAGAUUACACAAGAAUUCAAGAUUUCCUUUUUUUAGAAUUCUAGUUUUCUGCAAAAACAUUCUUUGAAGCCAAAUAUGAAUGCGACACUCACUGCCUAUGAUUGCCAACACAUCCCUCUAAAGUGGGGAUCAUGGCAAAAGGUUAGACAAAAGGUUAUUGGUUUUCUCAGCGCCCAUCCAGUGUGGCUGCAUAUGACCCUCCAGACUCGAAGGACGAUGGGCAGCUGAUGGAGGGCAGGAGGAGCACGUUGGCCAGGAUUGUCUGUAUGGAUUGUCCCUCGCUGCCCAAAGCAUUUUAGACUGCCCAUUUCGGCCAUCUAAAUAUUUCCCCUUUUUUUGAGGAGGGGCUGAGGCCCUGCUAGGAUUCCUCAGAAGGGGGUGCCUCACUCCCUGCCUCCUCCCUGCUGGGACCUGCUCCAGAGGUGGCCUUCUGUCUCUGGAGUCCAGCCAGCCUUGAAAGAAGGCUCCAGUGACAGAAGGAGGACCCUCAAGGACAGUUCUGACCAAUCCUUUGGCCUUCCAGACACUGUUGGGUGGACACAGGAGUGCUCGCUCUGUCCAUAAAGCUUGAAAAUAAAGCUGUUUGAACUUAACACUCUCAGGUUUAGUAUUAACCUGAAUGUCAGCUUUUCUGUUAAGAUAAUCACCUUGUUCUGUCUUUCAGUGCUGAUGCAUUUAAUAGGUUAAAGUACCUAUCUAUCAGUAUAAACUGGCAUCUAGAGAAAUGUUCUUAUUCAAAUCCUAUAUGCUUUGUUCCAGAUUGUAUUUGUAAACAAUUCUCUCUAAAUAGAACAAACAUUUAUGGGAGUACCCUCAUCUGAAAUGAAAGCAAAUCAAGGUUAAAUUCUCAAACAUGGGCAGUCCAUAAUAGAUUUCACACAGCUGAAUCUAGCCAUGGCACCAGGCCGCUCGUAAGAGUUCAAAUGUUGCCAUAUGCAGCAUUUUGCUGCUAGCUGAAGUGCUGGGAGAAAAGUUAACCCCUGCCCAGUGCUGGUAUCUCCACUGUGUUGGGUAGAUAUGGUAAGUGUGAUGUGGUCUGCAGAGUGAUACUUGGAUAACAUCUGAAGUGUUAGAAAUAUUUAGGUCGUGGCUAAAUAAAAUUAUGUCCUCCACUAGUAGGGAGGAAUAUGUUGUUCUGACAUAAAAUCAUGUCCUUUUCAACCUUGUCACCUGCAGUUUUAUGACGGAGAUGGCAAGAGCAGUUUGGAAUAAAUUUAGAUUUACCAGGCACAGCAGUUAUGUCAGGUCACUUUUAAUUCAUUUCUUUCAGUGGUAAGCCAGCCUAACCAGUCACUGGCACUGAAAAGUGCACCAGCUGCCCAGCUGGCUGCCUCCCAUUCCCGUUCUCUCGCUAAAUGUGUUGAGGGCAAAGAGAGACAAGUCUGUCCAAGCUGUGCUAGUGAUGAGAAGCAAUUGAGCCCCCCCCCCCCGCCCCCCAAUUUGUCUACACAUGUAGAGAGCCAGUGUGGUAUAGUGGUUAAAAACAUGGGUCUGGGACUCAGACAACCUGGGUUCUAGUCCUUGCUCAGCCAUGGAAACCGCUGGGUGACUUUGGGUCAGUCACAGACUCUUGGCCCGGCCUACCUCACUGGAUUGUUGUUGUGAGGAUAAGAUUAAAAGGAGGAGGAGAAUGAUGCAGGCCCCUUGAUCUCCUUGAAAGAAAAGGCAGGAUAUAAAUAUGAUAAAUAAAUGGAAGGGAAGGGAAACGGAGACAGAAGACCCAGAAAAAGAGCAAGGUGCAUUUGAACUGAAAAGAAAGCAGGGCCAGGAUAUGAAUGUUGCCAUUAACAGUAUACUGGAAAGUAUGGAAAGCAAACACAGAGCCCACUUGACUUUGAAACAAAGUGAUGCUUUUAUCUACCCAGUAAUAUAAAAAAUAAGGCUGAAGCAGCUUUCAUGUGAUUGAGCCCCCCAUGGAAGCUAUUACGAAGUGAAUCAACUUGUUAAAUGGAUCUGAAUAAAUUUCAACAGUGUACCAAUA